AUGAGUUCUUUAGAUGAUUUUAUACAUAAAAAUCCCAGGAAUUUUUUGGGAAAUAAGAAAAGUAAAAUUGAACACGUUUCCCAGGAAGAAAAAAGAACACCAAACAAAAAUUCUGGAAACGAUUCUCUGGAACGUAUUGACACGCCGACAAAAUCAUAUUAUUGCGGAUAUUUAAGACAGAAAAAUACUUCAAGGUUAUCGAGGUCACCUAAAGAUUCUUACAGAAAUGACAAUCCAGUAUUUCGACAGGUGUCAACCGAAACUGAUAGACUAACCAGAUCGGAGGCCGAAGGAAAUGGAACACGGACGAUUCCCACGAAUCUUCAUGAAGGAAAUGAGGGAGUUACAGAGAGACAUUUAAGCCAUAAUGUUAGUAAAAGAACUUUGGUUGAUUUAUCCCUUCAGUCUUAUCAACCCCAACGUUUGCUAGGAGAUUCGCAGAGAAUGAAGCAAAUAGAACUUUAUUUAAACCGAUUUCACACACAAGCCAUUCUCGAUGCCAAAGAACGUUCCCAAAUCAUCAGAAAACAAUCAAAAUCCAAUAUCAAUCGAUACGAUAUCUUAUUGCGCGUUGACCUGGGAAUUCUUUUGGAUUUCAGUCCUGAGCUUGGCAACGACCUCCUUAAUAAUUUCUUCACGCUAAAUCUGCAAGAAGACAUCGCGGCAAAUUGCUUAUUAUCUCUUCGAUCUAUGUCCAACUCAGAAGGAACACUGUCAGAACAGGUUAGAUGCAAAAUCCGAUUGAAUUUUUUACCAGAACUUCCCGAGUGA